GUCGUCGCCCACGGCCAUGUAGACUGGCUUGUAACAAACGGCGUUGCUUUUCGCGGCUACUCUGCCCCGGAGAUGAGCUGGAAUCCCAAUCAUCCUCCUGUCGUCGGUUGGACCAACGGUGCCACUGAUAAUGGCUAUGUUGAGCCCAACUCCUUCGCAGACCCCGAUAUCAUCUGCCACAAGGCUGCCCGACCUGGCAAGGGUCAUGUAACGGUUGAACCAGGCGACAAGAUCACUCUUCAAUGGAGCACCUGGCCGGAAAGUCAUAAAGGUCCUAUCAUUGAUUAUCUCGCAAGAUGUCUUGGAGACUGUGAGACUGUUGACAAGAACGAUCUUGAGUUCUUCAAAAUUGGUCAAGAAGGUCUCAUUGAUAUGUCCAUGCACAGCGGCAAGUGGGCGGCAGAUGUCCUUGUUGCCACUGGCUUCUCUUGGACACUUCAAAUCCCCGAGGCCCUGGCCCCAGGCAACUAUGUCCUCCGCCACGAGAUUAUUGCUCUUCACGGCUCUGGUCAGCCCAACGGAGCGCAAAACUACCCUCAAUGCUUCAACCUCAAAGUCACUGGUGACGGAGACUUGGCUCCAGAUGGCGUCAAGGGUACUCAGCUUUACAAGGCCAACGAUCCUGGUAUUCUCUUCAACCUCUACACGACACCUUUGUCCUAUAAGAUCCCCGGUCCUACACUGGUGCCUGGUCUCCCGUCUACAGUCUCUCAGCGUGUUGUCGUCGCAACUGCAACAUCAAGUGCAACUGUGCCAGGACAGACCCAAGCUAGCACGAGCAGUAAAUCAUCUUCGUCAACAUCGAAAGGAAGCUCUACAUCGACCAGCACCGCUGUUGGAGGAGACACAACACUCAAGACUUCAACAACAAGCCGGUCUUCUUCGUCCAGCACAACGAAGGACACGCCACAGCCUACAGAAGACGACGAUAUCAUCUGCGGCCCUGCAACAGGAGGUCUUCCCAAGUACAGCCAAUGUGGAGGAAAGGACUACACAGGCCCGACAGUUUGUCAGUGGGGGUCAAGUUGUAAGGUUCUCAAUCCUUAUUACUCGCAAUGUCUUUGA